UAUAAACUGAAUAAAUCUUUUUAUUUUUUCUCUUAUAUAAUUCGUUGUCCCAUAGUGAAUAUGUUUGGAAAUGUGUACCCAAUUUACGAAAUUAUUAAAUAAUAACUACAUUCGUGAUAAUAAUUCUUUAAAAAACAACAACAACAACAACAAGAAACACAUGCAACAACAUUCCACUAGGGGGCUUCUGUCCCAUUCACUUUUCACUUCAGAAUAAAAACAACAUACUUUUUUACCCUAGCAAUCUAAAUGAAUGAAUGUGAAUAAAUCUACAAACAGACAUUAAAACAUUUAAUAGAAAAUUCAUAAAUGACUAUUAUCCAAGAACAGAAAAUUAGAUUAGAACUGUUCAGAUGGAAUAAAUCUCACAAAUGUAGUGUUCAGAUAAAUAGUAAUUAAAUAAAAAAUAAAUUAAAUAAAUGUGUUUAGAUGACAUUUAGUAAUAUUCAUGGCGGAGGCAUCUUACCCAUCUUCCCCUAAUAUAAAAUAGAUGUUCAUUGACGUAUUUCUGUAAACUCAUAAAAGACAUGAAAACACAAAAAAUGUGACUAGCUAUCACAAUUCUCCUUGACCCCAGGCAAUACAAUAUAUCACAGCUGACAUGCUUUAUCUGAAAUACGUUCUAGUUUUGAAGGCCUCAAAGAUCAGAACAUGUUUUUCUUCAUUCAAGGCCAGAUAUUCUUGUAAAACCAUGCAUGCAAAGGUCUGAUUGGAAGUAUAAAAACCCAAAUGUGGUAUUGGUAGGUAGCCCGAAGUACCUGAACACACUUGAAUAUUGUGUAUUCUAAUUUGAUCACCCAAGAAACACCAUGAACAUUAAGUGGUUUGCUUCUUUAGCUUUAUUAAGCCUCCUCGAGACUUCCAAGACUGAGAGUCAAGAUGUACGAGUGAAACUCUGUGGUCGUGAGUUCAUUCGGAUGGUGGUCACAUCAUGUGGGAGCUCCCGACUCAAACGGAAUGUGCUUGAUUCAGACCUUCACUUUGCAAACCACCAUAGCAACCUACAAAACUGGCUGCACAGAGAUCUCUUUGCGCACCAGAAAGCGAGUCUGACUGCUGAGGACGAGCAGUUCCCUGAGAGCGUGACAGAGCAUCCAGCCCCCGACCAGCACACAAGCCCACCAGCAGAGUUUCCGGGACACUCCACCACUGUGCAGGUUCUCAGCAUGUCCUCCAGAAGUCGCCGUGAUGUCGGGCCAGCGGGCAUCUGCUGUACUUCUGGAUGUACCAUGAGUGAACUGAUUCAGUAUUGCUAAGCUCACAACAGAUCCUCAAGAACAGAUAUAAAUAUAGAUACAUAGGCUAAUUAACACCUUACCUUGUUAAUUGCAACUUUAUUGGGGGAGAGCAGGGCACACCCUAACACUUUUUGACUUUCUCAGUUUUUUAAACCUACUCAGGGUUCAGAGUAUUUAUUUUUUCUUGCAUUAGUUUCACACGUCUUUGUCUAGUACAAUUAUGUGGUGUUGUUUCAUUAAUUCAGUGUAUACUUUUUUCUUGAAAGGAUGGAAGUGAAAUGUGACAACAUGCCCCAUGUGAGGGGCACAUUGUAACAUGACCAUGUGACAACUUGAAGUGUUAUCUGAUCUAAUAAAAAAAAUUAUUCAAGAAAAAACUAAAAUAUGUUUUCAAUAAAAUACAUUUUUUAUUAC